AAUCAGCCUUGUAUGGUGAGAAAGUCACGAGAAGAUUUCUCAGAGGUUUAUCAGUGUAAACCACAAUGACUUGUUUCAUUUAGUGUGCUUGUUUCUACUAGUAUGAAUUCAGCUUUCCAUUUGUGUUUUAUGUGUAUACUGCCGGUCACUGAACUUGUUUAAUGUUAAUAUGUAUCAUCAGUUUUCUCUACUACACAAUAAAAAGCCUAAUGAUCAUGUGGUGAAUCUCAACCUCUUAGCAUACUGAAAUUAACAAAAAAGAAAUAUCCGAAUUCAUUUGAUCGGUUAUAUGUGAGUACAUGGACUCUUUGGACUGAUAACUUGUCAUCACCCUAAUUUCAGUUCAUGAAACCAAUCGCAGUUUAAUAUAUUUCCAAAUUAGAAAAAAGUGGAGUUUUUAUUCUGCAAAAGUCAAACUUGAAUAACACUGAAAAUGACAGAUAAUAUUAGUAAUAACAAAAAUGGUUAUUGAGUUUGGAUUCUCUUAUUCACAAAGUUCCACUGAAGACAAGCAAAAGUUAAAGUUAGCUCAGAAGAAGGCAGCAACUCUUGAAUCAGCAACCAAUUCUGUACGGAUAACAAUCGGACUGAUCACCACUCUGGUUGUAGGUUAUUUAUCCGAUAGAUUCGGUCGUCGGGUGGCCAUUGGAGUAUUACUAGUUGGGGAAACACUCCAUGUUGGCUUAGUGAGUUUGAUUGUAUUGCUGAAAUUGAAUUUGUGGUUAGUGAUAUUACCGGGAUUCUUUGAAGCUAUUCUCGGUGGUGGUCUCUUAUCACUGUUUGGUCAGGUUGCGGCUAUACUUACUGACAUUUGCAGACCAGAUAAUGAAGAAAACAAUAAAAGUGCAAAAAAGAUUCAGUCGAUUGACAGAGAACUAUGGAUAUUAUUUACAGUCUUUGAUGGAAUAGCAAGUUUGAGUAUUUCUGCAGGUUCACCAAUAGGAGGCGCACUGAUCUAUCGUUUCAGUUUCCAGGUGGCGGUGUUCACCUCAUUAGCUUACUUGCUCCAAGCUUAA